ACGCAGUUCAUCCCCAGCUGAAUUCUCUGAUGUCUGAUUUUUUCUCUGGAACUUAAACGCCUCUCUGUCUAACUUUCAGUUGCAUUUCCAAAGUUGUGGCGCAGUUUACGUCCUCCGGUCCGUCCUCCGUGUGAAGACUGACUGAAGUCCACAAGAUGAGUGAUUCUGAGGAGGAGGAGUUUCCAGCCUCCAGCCGUCUGUCCAUGAAGAGUGACCGGUCCAAUGAUAUUCCUCCAGACUUUAGAGAACCUCAACCCUCAGACACCAAAUGGAGAGCAGAGUUUCCAGCCUCCAGCCGUCUGUCCAUGAAGAGUGACCGGUCCAAUGAUAUUCCUCCAGACUUCAGUAAAGAACCUGAACCCUCAGACACAAAAUGGAGAGCAGAGUUUCCAGCCUCCAGCCGUCUGUCCAUGAAGAGUGACCGGUCCAAUGAUAUUCCUCCAGACUUCAGUAAAGAACCUGAACCCUCAGACACAAAAGUGAUGAAGAGGAGGGGAGUUUGUGUGGAGGAGCAGCCGUCCUGCUGUGCUCGGUGUCAGGACGUCCUGAAGGAUCCAGUCUCUAGCAGCUGUGGACACUGGUUCUGCAGACAGUGCAUCAGCUCAUACUGGGACCAGUCUGCUCCAUCAGGACACUCCUCCUGUCCCCAGUGUGGAAAAAGAUCCAGAAGCAGCAGCUGUGGACAAAGUGUUGGUCUGCAGGAGGUUCUGCAGGAACAUAAGAUGAGUCUGAGGAGGAGAUGUGAACAUGUGACUGAAGGAAGUGAUGAAGCAGGAGGUGGAACCCUCCUCAACAGGAUCUACACUGAGCUCUACAUCACAGAGGGACACAGUGGAGAGGCUGAUGUCCAACAUGAGGUGGGGCAGCUGGAGACAGCUUCCAAGAAGAGCCUCCAUGACACUCCCAUCAGGUGCCAGGACAUCUUUAAAGCCUUACCUGAGCAGCAGAGAGCCAUCAGAGUGGUCCUGACCAACGGCGUGGCCGGCGUGGGAAAAACCUUCUCAGUGCUGAAGUUCACUCUGGACUGGGCAGAGGGUGGAGAAAACCAAGACGUCAGUGUGGUGGUGGUGCUUCCGUUCAGGGAGCUGAACUUGAUCAGAGAUGAGCAGCACAGUCUUCUCACGCUGCUCCAUGUUUUCCAUCCAACAUUACAGAAGGUGACGGCAGAGCAGCUGGCUGUCUGUAAACUUUUGUUCAUCUUUGACGGUCUGGAUGAAAGCAGACUUUCACUGGAUUUCACCAACAGGAAGGUUGUGUCUGACGUCAGCCAGAAGUCAUCGCUGGACGUUCUGCUGGUCAACCUCAUGGAGGGGAAUCUGCUUCCCUCGGCUCUGGUCUGGAUCACUUCCCGCCCUGCGGCAGCCAAUCAGAUCCCUCCUAAACGUGUGGACAGGUUUACAGAAGUACGAGGCUUCACCGACGUCCAGAAGGAGGAGUACUUCAGGAGGAGGAUCAGUGAUGAAGAGCGCUCCAGAACAAUCAUCUCCCACAUGAAGACAUCCAGGAACCUCCACAUCAUGUGUCGACUCCCAGUGUUCUGCUGGAUCACUGCUGCAGUUCUGGAGCACAUGUUGAGCACAGAGCAGAGAGGACAGCUGCCCCAGAGCAUGACUGAGAUGUUCUCACACUUCCUGCUGGUUCAGACACAGAGGAAGAAGAAGAAGUACCAUGAGGGACCUGAGAUGAGUCCACAGGAGCUGACGGAGGCUGACAGGAAAGUUCUUCUGAAGCUGGGGAGGCUGGCCUUUGAACAUCUGGAGAAAGGAAACAUCAUGUUCUACCAAGAAGACCUGGAGCAGUGUGGUCUGGAUGUGACAGAGGCCUCGGUGUUGUCAGGAGUUUGUACCCAGAUCUUCAGAAGAGAGUGUGAGAUGUUCCAGAAACCAGUCUACUGCUUUGUUCAUCUGAGCGUUCAGGAGUUUCUGGCUGCAGUCUACAUGUUCCACUGUCACACCAACGGGAACACUGAGGUGCUGAAGAAGUUCCUGGGAGAAGAUUACAAGAACUCAUCCCUGGAUGAUUUCCUGGACAGAGUCAUGGAGAAAUCCCUCAGAAGUAGAAAUGGUCACCUGGAUCUGUUUGUUCGCUUCCUUCAUGGCCUCUGUCUGGAGUCCAACCAGAGACUCUUAGGAGGUCUGCUGGGUCAGACAGAGAACCAUCCAGAAAUGAUCCAGACAGUCAUCGACAACCUGAAGAAGAGCAACAGUGAUGAAAUAAGAUCGAUACUCAAAUAUCCUCAUGAGGAUAUCAGUGAUGAAAUAUCUCCAGACAGAAGCAUCAACAUCUUCCACUGUCUGAUGGAGAUGAAGGAUCUCUCGGUACAUCAGGAGAUCCAAGAGUUCCUGCAGUCAAAGAACAGAUCAGAGAAGGAACUCUCUGAGAUCCACUGCUCAGCUCUGGCCUACAUGCUGCAGAUGUCAGAGGAGGUUCUGGAUGAGGUGGACCUGAACAAGUACAGAACAUCAGUGGAGGGAAAACUGAGACUGAUUCCAGCUGUGAGGAACUGCAGAAAGUUUCGACUUUCUGGCUGCUAUCUCUCAGAGAGUCACUAUGAAGUCGUGGCCUCAGCUCUGAAGUCCAACCCCUCCCAUCUGAUAGAACUGGACUUGACUGGAAACAACCUGGAGGAUUCAGGAGGAGUGAAGCAUCUUUGUGACGGACUGCAGAGUCCAAACUGCAAACUGGAGACUCUCAGAUUGGAGGACUGCGUAUUGUCAGAGAUCAGCUGUGAUUCUCUGGUCUCAGCUCUGAAGUCCAACCCCUCACAUCUGGAACAUCUGGACCUGAGCAUGAACAUCAACCUGAAGGAUUCAGGAGUGAAACAUCUAAGUGGUUUUGUGGAGAGUCCAGACUGCAUCCUGAAGACUCUGAGAUUGUUGGGCUGCAGUUUGUCAGAGAUCAGCUGUGAUUCUCUGGUCUCAGCUCUGAAGUCCAACCCCUCCCAUCUGGAACAUCUGGACCUGAGCUGGAACAACCUGAUGGAUUCAGGAGUGAAACAUCUGAGUGGUUUUGUGGAGAGUCCAGACUGCAUCCUGAAGACUCUGAGAUUAGAGUUCUGCAGUUUGUCAGAGAUCAGCUGUGAUUCUCUGGUCUCAGCUCUGAAGUCCAACCCCUCCCAUCUGGAACAUCUGGACCUGAGCAGGAACAACCUGAAGGAUUCAGGAGUGAAACAUCUGAGUGGUUUUGUGGAGAGUCCAGACUGCAUCCUGAAGACUCUGAGAUUGGAGGACUGCGUAUUGUCAGAGAUCAGCUGUGAUUCUCUGGUCUCAGCUCUGAAGUCCAACCCCUCCCAUCUGGAACAUCUGGACCUGUUCUUCAACAACCUGCAGCAUCCAUCAGUGAAACGUCUGUUAGAUCUUGUGGAGAGUCCAGACUGCAGCCUGAAGACUCUGAGGUCAGUAGAAGGUUCCAUCAGUCUCUGCUGCUUCCAGCAGUUUUCUACUAAACACAGUCAGUAUCAAAGCAAAGGUCCAGUGUCUCCUGUAAACCUGCAGCUUCUCAGUGAAGCUGUGAGAGCAGAAUGGAGACAGAAACACAGAGACAGCAGUCAGCCAAUCAGAGGAGCCACAAGCUUGUUGUCAUGGUGUGUUUGAGUGGAUGUGAAGCCGACUGUUGUUGUUGUGUU